AUGGCAGCACACCGAAAGUGGCCUCAAAGCGGUUUGUUCAGUACUCCUCCUCCGUCUAUGAAUUUUUUUUCACCUUGUGUGGCGGACGUGAAAAUUUUUGCAAUUGAUGACGAGAAAUUUGGUAGUGAAAAACAAGCUAAAACACAAACGGUUGAUUCAGAUGUAUUUGAUGCUAAUGGAUUCGAAAUUGAAUUCUCUGAUAAUUCUACUCAUCACAUGCUAUCGCCACCUUUUGCAAUCUCUCAAUAUCCGAUUGAAGUAAAGGAAAAUAAAGAUGCCAUUCAUCGACAGCUGACAAACAGGGCGAGAUUGGAGGGCUCACAGUUUGAUGGUAACUCAUCAUUGCUACAUCUAGGCACCUCAAAUGCUCCUCUGGCUAGUAAUAGUGAUCGGCUAAUCAAGCAAGAUCAUACAAAAUCACCGCAACAUGUUGAAAUGCGUACAUUUCGUGAUGCUAUCGAUGUGAAUUACCAGCGGAUGGCAGUUAUGGGAGAAGAACUUUCUGGGGUAAAAGAUCUGAAGGAAUCAGCUCAGGAAUUAAUUGAUGCAUUGAUGCUACGUGAAUCAUACAUGAAACGGAUUGGAAAUCAGUUUCCAUCAACAAUUUCAAAUUUUCUUUCUGGUCAUUAUCCUGAGAAUUUACCCAAAUGCCGUAGAAAAAAUACGGAAACAACUGCACAAACGUCGUAUAAUCCACCUUUACCACCAGAAGAUCACUGGGGUUUGAACUUAUCUUUACCCAAAUAUGAAAAAAUUUAUACCUUAAAUCGGAACCAUGGCGUGGUGGAAGUUCUCGAUGAGAACGGAAAAAUACCAAACUCACUACAGUAUGCAUAUAUUAGCAAGGAAAAAUUUUUACGAGAUUUAGGAAAACUUUCUAUUAUGAUUGCAAAUGGACCAUUGAAAAGCUUUUGUUAUCGACGUUUGUGUUUUCUUCAAAAUAAAUUUCAACUGCAUACUCUAAUGAACGAACUUCGAGAACAGUAUGAGCAGAAAUCUGUACCUCAUCGAGAUUUCUACAAUAUCAGAAAGGUUGAUACUCACAUUCACGCUGCUAGCUCAAUGAAUCAAAAGCACCUCCUACGUUUUAUUAAAAAAAAGAUGAAGACUGAAAAGAAUACUGUCGUUUUAGAAAAGUAUGGCAAGAAAAUCACUUUGGAACAAGUCUUCGAAGGUCUUGGAAUUGAUGCGUAUGAUUUAUCAGUCGAUAUGUUAGAUGUUCAUGCGGAUCGGAAUACCUUUCAUCGUUUCGAUAAAUUUAACACUAAAUAUAAUCCUGUUGGGGAAAGUAUUUUACGAGAAAUUUUUAUCAAAACAGACAAUUAUGUUGGAGGCAAAUAUUUUGCGGAAGUUUUAAAAGAAGUUCUCUCUGACUUGGAAGAUAGCAAGUAUCAGCAUGCAGAACCACGUUUAUCAAUUUACGGACACGACAAAGGAGAAUGGGAUAAACUGGCUAAGUGGGCAAUUACAAAUGACAUCUACUCUGUAAAUGCGCGAUGGUUGAUUCAGAUUCCACGGCUUUAUGAUGUCUAUCAUGCAAAAAAAAUGGUAAAGAAUUUCGAUCAAAUGCUUGAUAAUGUAUUCACACCACUUUUUGAAGUAACAAAUGAUCCCGAAUCUCAUCCACUACUAUUUCGAUUCUUACAGCAAGUUUCUGGAAUUGAUUCGGUUGAUGAUGAAAGUAAAUAUGAACAUGUUAAAUUUGAUCGUUCAACACCCGAACCAACAAAUUAUUCAGAUGCUGAAAAUCCAUCUUAUGAUUAUUACUUAUAUUAUAUGUACGCAAAUUUGGUGGCACUCAAUGCACUUAGACGGGAACGUGGCCUGAAUACUUUUUCAUUACGGCCGCAUUGCGGUGAAGCAGGUCACGUAAAUCAUCUUGUCACGGGUUAUUUGACAUCUGAAAGUAUUGCGCAUGGCUUACUUCUUAGGAAGGUACCUGUCCUUCAGUAUUUGUUUUAUCUCUCGCAAAUCGGUAUUGCAAUGUCUCCAUUAAGUAAUAAUUCAUUAUUCAUUAGUUAUCAUCGUAAUCCACUACCAGAAUUCCACAUGAAAGGAUUAAACGUUUCUUUAUCAACGGACGAUCCUUUACAGUUUCAUUUCACAAAGGAAGCUUUAAUGGAAGAAUAUAGCAUCGCUGCUCAGGUGUGGAAACUUAGUAGCUGUGAUAUGUGCGAAUUAGCACGAAAUAGUGUACUACAAAGUGGAUUUGAAGACAAGGUCAAGGUUCAUUGGCUAGGACCAAAUUAUAAAGAGGAAGGGGUACUGGGUAACGACGUGUCGCGUACAAAUGUCCCUGAUAUACGAGUAUCAUUCCGACAUGAAACAUUUGUAGACGAAUUAUGCAAUUUAUUCCAAACUCGUAAUAUUCAAAGUUUUGAUGAUAGUGGUAGUGCCACCGGUGGUGGCGAUGUAGAUUUCUGA